AUGUCAUUGAAGUGUUUCUUUUUGCAGGCAGCGUUCGAAGCAAUGGCAAUGAAUUUGUUAGCUAAAGAGCAGAACGCAGUUGCUCGCAAUCAGCUUGAAGAAGCGUUUACCGGCCUCUUACCUCAAGGGGCUAUGAAUCCGACACGCAAAGAGACUCGAGAAUUCCGGGAUCGUUUCGAAGAAUUCUUGAAUCGCACACAAGGCUUGUUGGUGCUAGGUUGA